AGGUGCGGAAGCGUGAAAAAAAAAAAAGUUUUAUUGUUGCUUAGCGGAUUUAAUAGCCAUGAGUGGAUGCCCAUAUUUCGGAAACAGUCAUCUUUCAUCUCAGACAUUUCAUCGGGAGGAGGAGGAUGAGUCACAGGAAGGUGUCAACAAUGCCAGCAAAGGAGGCAUCAUCUAUGGGGACUAUUUACAACUGGAGAAAAUCGUGAGCGCUCAGGUGCUGCAGAGUGAGUUACGGGGGAACAAGAUCCACGAUGAACACCUCUUCAUUGUCACCCAUCAAGCUUAUGAGUUAUGGUUCAAGCAGAUCCUGUGGGAGCUGGACUCCGUGCGGGACAUUUUCAUUAGUGGCCAUGUGCGGGACGAGAGAAAUAUGCUCAAGGUGGUGACUCGAAUGCACAGGAUUGCAAUGAUCUUCAGAUUGCUGGUCGAUCAGUUUGCAGUCCUGGAGACCAUGACGGCCUUGGACUUUUUUGAUUUUAGAGAGUACCUGUCACCUGCCUCUGGGUUCCAGAGCCUCCAGUUCAGACUGCUGGAGAACAAGAUUGGGGUGCCUGACAACCAGCGCGUGCCAUACAACCGGCGACACUACAGAGACAACUUCCGAGGCCAAGAGAGCGAGAUGCUGCUUUGCUCAGAACAGGAGCCCACACUUCUGCAUCUGGUGGAGAAAUGGCUGGAGAGAACUCCAGGGCUUGAAGAAAAUGGAUUCAACUUCUGGGGGAAACUGCAGAAGAAUAUUGAAGACGGGCUGAGGCUGGAAAAGGAGAAACUUGAGAAAAAAGAAGAGUCGGAGGAAAAGGAAGAAAUGAUGGCCGAGCACAACAAGCAGAGAGAAAUCUUUACUGCACUGUUCGAUGAAAAGCGCCACGAUCAUCUUUUAAGCAAAGGUGAGAGAAGACUGUCUUACAAAGCUCUCCAAGGAGCUCUGAUGAUCUACUUUUACAGGGAAGAACCGCGUUUUCAAGUCCCCUUCCAGCUUCUCACUUUCCUGAUGGACAUCGACACCCUCAUGACAAAAUGGAGAUACAACCAUGUCUGUAUGGUUCAUAGAAUGAUUGGCAGCAAGAACGGUACUGGGGGAUCCUCUGGCUAUCACUAUCUCCGCUCUACGGUCAGUGACCGCUACAAGGUUUUUGUGGAUUUGUUCAACCUGGCCACAUUCUUGAUCCCGCGUGACUGGGUGCCGAAGCUCAACCCCACGGUGCACACCUUCCUGUACACAGCGGAGUGCUGCGACAGCUCCUACUGCAGCAGUGAGGACUCAGAUUAGGAGAACCGACGAUGGAAAUUGUCAGGAAGUCAAAUCGAACCAAUAACAUAUGUAUAUACUAUUUAUGCAAUUUAUAUGAACAGUGCUGGAAGAGCUGUUCAGCACUUCAAUUUGUAUUUAAAUGUAAAAUAGGUUUUGAAAUGUAUUCCUAGAGGUAUACUAUGUAUGGAUCUUAAUUAUUUUGAAAUUGCUAAUGUCAUUCCAUCUCAGGGGUGGGCGACCAUUUUUUUUCCAACCAUUUCUAUAGCCAGUAAAACCAUAGAAAACACCACACUACUAUUAAAAAGUUCCCUAAAAAAUUUAUGUAAACACUUUAAUUAGACAGCUGGUAGCAGAGUAGUUAGAGCCGCUGCCUUUAGACCUGAAAGUCACAGGUUCAAUUUCUAUGUGUAACACCAGAAAGGUACUCAUCCUUAAUUACUCUAGUGUGUGCCUUGCUUUGUAAAUGGGUAAAUAAUUGUGAGUAGCUUAACAUUUUAAGUUGCUUUGGAUAAAAGU